AUGGCUACCGAUGUAAUCAAGCAGGAGGAUACGCUGGCCCCAUCGGCGCUGUCCUUGUCCACCUCGCCGUCCCCCAGCAAUGCGGCUCUUGCCACACCCAACUCGGCCGGUCCAAGCAAGGGCAGCCAGACGCCCUCGCCAUCCACGCCUUCCCAUGGCCAGGGCUCUGCGUCAAGACGCCCUCCCCGCAAGAGUACUCUCACGCAGCAGCAGAAGAACCAGAAGAGGCAGCGGGCAACUCAAGACCAGCUGACGACUCUGGAAAUCGAGUUCAACAAGAACCCGACACCCACUGCCACUGUUCGUGAUAGGAUAGCGGAAGAGAUCAAUAUGACCGAGAGGUCGGUCCAGAUCUGGUUUCAGAACCGACGCGCCAAGAUUAAGAUGUUGGCGAAGAAGAGCCUCGAAACUGGCGAAGAUAUUGACUCAAUUCCCGAGUCUGUGAGACAGUACCUUGCACUGCAGGCUAUGGAGUCUGGCAAGAGUCUUGGCGGCUUUUUCGGCCGGACGGGUCUCAUGACAUACGGGGGCCAAGGCGUGCUCGGCGGCGACCAAGGUGGGCAGGGCAAAGUUUUGAUUCAUCAUCUCACCUGCCGGUCCCUUUCUAUCGGGAAAUGGAUGCGAGUGGGACAGAACACGAUGGACCUGAUCAUUUUCUACUCGCCUGACAAGUGCACGAUGACCUACUACAUCAACAGCGAGAACGCCGGAUACAAGAUUGAGUAUCCAUUUGCCUAUAUCAAAAACAUAUUCCUUAAUAAUAUUGAAGGCGACCACCAAGGAAUCACGAUCGAACUACUGCACCCACCAAACUUCUUCAUGGACUCGGCCGCGUCAGCAGCCGGCUUCUUCCAGGUUGGGGACUUCACCGAAGAGCAGCAGGCUUCUCGGGUGUUGACUCAUAAUCUCGGUGGAAACCCGAAGGUUUUGAGUGGACAACUGGCGAAGUUGGUCAGCCUCGAGACAUUCAUUCACCGCCAUAGCCCAAGCCCAAUGUUCGACCAACUUCACCACCCUCUGUCCAUGUCUGCGCCCGUUUCGCCCCAAGUCAGGCCUUCGUCCCAACCCAACUUCGCCCAACCUCACGUUGGCAUGUUCCAGGAGACUCAAUGGGGGAUCUCUGCCCACCAAGGUCUGAUGAUGCGUGGUGGACCAGGCCACAAGAGGCAACGAAGUAGGAGUGUGCCUGGCCCGAUUGACUUCCACACCAUGCAAAUGCUGCAACAGCCGCCGAGCUUUCACAUCACUCAGCAUGAGAAUCAUCAUCACAACCACAAUCCUCAACUCUUCAGCCCGAUACCUCAGCAGCCGAACAUGCUGGGCCCCAUUGGACCGAACCUGCGGAUUGAUACACAGGCUGGGUUCGGCACAUUGGACAUGCGGGCCUAUCCGCUCUCGGCCACGACGGCACCUUCCCCAUCUGACUACUCGAGCCCUAACUUCUUCGCCUCUCAAGCGCCGGAGAGCGGUGGAAUCCAGACGGCUAGCUAUACUCCUUAUAGCGGUACUUUCUCGCCCCUCAUCAACCCAUCCAAUCUAGGCAUCCCGCCUUCGAUCUCACCGCUUUCCUUCAACCACCAGGAUCCGGCCAUUGUUGGAGAAUCCCCGCCAAUGUCUAUGCCUACGAUGUGCGAAGGCUCUGCGCUGUCUGACGACGGAAACAGUCUGAACGAGAUGUACCAACCCGGGAAACACACCAUGACGCUUCCUCUUCACCCGCACUCCCCAUUUGCGGAGCCGAACCAAGCCGAUCUCGAACUUAACCAGUUUAUGGACCUCAAGCAUUUUGAAGUUGAGCCUGCAUCUCUAUCGCCCGAAAGCAUCCACCAAGGCUAG